UCUCUCUUCACAGAGUACGUUCAACUGAUUCCGCUUCCCAGUAGAGCUGACGCUGCGAAUAAUUUUGUUGGAAGUCAGGCAAUUGUAAGUGGUUGGGGAUUCAUUUAUGCUGAUAGCAACGAUAUAAGCGAAGUACUGCGAUAUGUCAAUGUUCCCAUUGUACAAAACAAUGUGUGUAGAAUACAGCUUGGUCCUGCCAUUACAAACUCAAACAUUUGUUCUGGGGGAGAUGACAUUAAAGGCACUUGUUUUGGAGAUUCUGGUGGACCUCUGGUCGUCAAUGGGAAAUUGGUUGGUGUAGCUUCAUUCAUAGGUAAUCCUGAUUGUCAAGCCGGCGAUCCAAGCGCCUUCACAAGAGUAACACCAUACUUAAGUUGGAUUGCAGCAAACAGUGAUGCUGUUAUUUCUUAAACAUUCCUUAAAUAACCGAUUUGUGCAAUGAAGUAAAUAUUGCAAAU